ACUCCCUUCAUCCUUAUGCUCUCUCUCUCUCUCUCUCUCUCUCUCUCUCUUUUUUGAUAGUACAACACAUAAAAUAAUAUUAAACUAUAGUAUCAUCAAUCAAUUAUCAAAAACUCUUAAAAAUCAUUAUCAUACCCCAUAGUUCCAUCAAAGUUUUAUUGUUCUAAGAUCUACUUCGCAGAAACAAGAGAUUAUAGUAGCAGAAGAAAUCACAGAACCCUAAUUCUACGGAUUUCAAAAUUGAUUGGUUUUUCCAAAAGAUCGUUACUUGGACUAUAAUUGAGGAUCAUCAUAGCUCUGUGAAAAGGGUUGAUAUCAAUUUUGAUUGAAACUGUUAAUUGGGGUGUUGUGAAUUUUGUGUGAUGGGACAUAGGUUGACUUGAUUGAAAAUAUCAGAUUUGUAUCGUAUAAUCAUAGUUAACAGUUGAUUUUGUUAUUGGCUGGUGAUAGGAUGCUGGUAUAGGGAUAUGCUUUGUGUGAAAUUGUUUGCAAAUCCUUUCGAGUUUUAUAAGUUGACUUAAUUAUAGUUUCAAUUGGAGCAGCUUAUUUUUCAAAGAUUGGCUUGUAAUAUAUAGUCUUUCGAUAGAAAUAUAGUUGAGAUAGUUGUAUAAUUAUUUAUUGGUCAUUGAAAGUUUUAGCUACUUCGAAGUGUUUGUUGUAUUUUUCUGGGAGUUGUAAUUGGGGCUGUAUCAUCGUGGAAAAUGGAAACAGAGGCAUUGAGUUCUGAACAGACGAAGAGUAAAAUGGAGGCAGAGACAUUGAGUACUAAUCCCCCUCCUGGUUUUCUUAUUCGCGCACUUCCGGCUGUUAUACCCGCGCUUUUGAUUUCGAUAGGAUAUGUUGACCCUGGAAAGUGGGUGGCAAGUAUAGAAGGUGGUGCGAGGUUUGGUUUUGAUCUGGUGGCUUUUGCGCUAAUUUUCAAUUUUGCCGCUAUCUUCUGUCAGUACUUAUCCGCAAGGGUUGGUGUAAUCACUGGACGAGAUCUUGCUCAGAUUUGCAGUGAUGAAUAUGAUACAUGGACAUGCCUUCUCCUUGGAAUUCAAGCAGAACUGUCCGUGAUUAUGCUAGAUCUUAACAUGAUCUUGGGCAUGGCACAAGGAUUAAAUCUUAUUUUUGGGUGGGACUUGUUCACCUGUGUCUUUUUAACUGCCACUGGUGCUGUUUUUCAUAUUCUUCUUGCUAUCCUCUUGGACAUUGAGAAGACAAAAUUCCUAGGACAGUUUGUGGCAGGCUUUGUAUUACUUUCUUUUAUACUUGGAGUAUUCAUCCAAUCCGAAGUUCCAGUUUCCAUGAAUGGAAUACUAAUAAAUUUAAGCGGGGAGAGUACAUUUAUGCUGAUGAGUCUUCUCGGAGCAACUCUUGUGCCUCACAACUUUUACCUUCAUUCUUCUAUUGUACAGUGGCAUCAGGGACCGGCAAACAUUUCUAAAGAUGCACUGUGUCAUAACCAUUUUUUGGCCCUCUUAUGUGUCUUCAGUGGCCUUUAUUUGGUAAAUUAUAUUCUGAUGACCACCUUAGCAAAUGAGUUCUACAGUACAGGUCCUGUUUUGCUUAUGGAACAGGUGUUACACAGCCCAAUAGCCCUGAUUGGCUUUGUACUCAUUCUGUUUCUUGCCAAUCAAACUGCAGCAUUAACUUGGAGUUUAGGCGGAGAAGUUGUAGUUAAUGGUUUCUUAAAACUAGACAUACCAGGUUGGCUUCAUUAUGCGACAAUUAGAGUGAUUGCUGUGCUGCCCGCCCUUUAUUGUGUCUGGAGUUCAGGAGCUGAAGGGAUCUAUCAACUACUAAUAUUCACUCAGGUUUUAGUAGCUUUGCAGCUUCCGUCGUCUGUGAUUCCUCUUUUUCGAGUUGCCUUGUCUAGAUCAAUAAUGGGUGCACACAAGGUCUCCCAGUCAAUGGAGCUUUUGGCGUUGACCAUAUUCCUUGGGGUGCUUGGCAUGAAUAUCAUGUUUUUGGGAGAGAUGAUAUUUGGCAGUAGUGAUUGGGCGUGUGAUUUGAGGUGGAAUUUGGGGAAUGGCGUGUCUGUCUUGUUUUCAGUUCUCCUCAUUGCUGGUUUUUUAUCAAUAUGUUUGAUGCUUCGGUUAGCUACCACACCUUUAAGAUCUGCCAGCAUUCAAUUAAAUGCUCAGGUCUUAAACUGGGAUAUGCCAGAGGCUGUACUAAAUCCGCCGGUUGAUGGUGAAGAAUCACAUGUAACUGAAACAGUGGGUCAUGAAGAUGCGUCUUUCCAAGCUGACGAACCAAAACCAGCUUUGGCAAGGUCAUUAGAGUACCCUGAAGUAUCACUUGCUAGUUUUCGUCCUGAUCUACAUCUACCUGAAACUGUAAUGGAACCUGAUCCCCAGGUGAAUGCUUUAAAGGAAAAUCAUUCUGUUGCACCAUCAGUUUCCACAUCUGAUUCAGGGACAGUAUCAAAAACUGUAGCUAAUGAUACUUCUAGUUCUGAUUCUAAACUUAAAGACACGAAAACUAUCAUUGAAGCAAAUGCCCCAAUUGAGAAGACCGUGGAAAUUGAAGAUGAUUCUAAUGUUGAAAGGGAUGAUGACGAUGUAGACUCAUGGGAAACUGAAGAAUCAUCCAGAGCAGUCUUGGCAAAUGCCCCGUCAUCAACAUCAGAAGGUCCUCCAUCAUUCAGGAGUAUUAGUGGGAAAAGUGAUGACGGUGGUUGUAGCUUUGGAAGUCUAUCGAGAAUAGAAGGCUUAGGACGUGCUGCAAGACGUCAGCUAGCUGCUACUCUUGAUGAAUUUUGGGGACAGCUUUAUGAUUUCCAUGGUCAAGCAACCCAGGCAGCGAAGGCCAAGAAAAUUGAUGUUUUGCUGGGGAUGGGAGUAGAUUCAAAACCCACCGCUUCCUUGCAGAAAAUGGAUGCAUGUGGAAAGGACUAUUCUGAAUACUUGGUAUCUGUAGGGGGUAGAGCUUCCGACAAUUUAAUCAACGCUGGCCCGUAUGACUAUUCCAAUCAGCCUAGGAUGCAAAGUAAUUCAGAGUCUGCAUAUGGUCUUCAAAGGAGUUCUUCCUCAGUGCGGGCAAGUCCCAUUCAGUUAUUGGAUGCAUAUGUACAAAGUUCCAACCGCAAUCUCAAUGAUUCUGGUGAGAGGCGCUAUUCCAGUGUUCGCAAUCUUCAUUCAUCUGAGGCCUGGGAUUAUCAACCAGCUACAAUUCAUGGUUAUCAGACCGCAUCCUAUCUUAGCCGGGGUGUGAAAGAUAGAAGUUCUGAAAACAUAAAUGGUUCAAUGCCAUUGACAUCACUGAAGUCCCCUUCCACAGGUAAUCCAAACUAUAGGGAUUCCCUUGCAUUCGUUUUGGGAAAAAAGUUGCAUAAUGGUUCAGGUGUAGGCCAUCCCCCUGGGUUUGAAAAUGUAGCUGUCUCUAGAAAUCGCCAACUACAAACUGAGAGGUCCAAUUAUGAUUCUAGCUCCCCUGGAGCUGCAGCUAAUACAGUCAGUUCAGUUAACACUAAGAAAUACCACAGCUUGCCGGACAUUUCAGGAUACUCCAUUCCCCACAGAGCUGGCUAUGUGUCUGAUAAGAAUGCACCGUGGGAUGGUUCUGUUGGAUAUGGUUCUUUUGCUGGCAGGAUGGGUUAUGAACCAUCUAUGUAUUCAAAUUCUGGAUCAAGAGCUGGAGGAGCUCAUUUGGCCUUUGAUGAAGUCUCUCCAUACAGAGAGGCACUCUCUUCGCAGUUUAGUUCUGGUUUUGACACUGGAUCCCUCUGGUCUAGACAGCCUUUUGAGCAGUUUGGUGUUGCUGGUAAAAUUCAUAAUGUUGCAAUGGAAGGUGCGGGAAGCAGGCCUAAUGCAAUUGUUCAAGAAAUUACAUUUGAGGAUAUAGAGGGGAAACUUCUUCAGUCUGUUAGACUUACCAUUAUGAAGCUCUUAAAACUAGAGGGAUCUGAUUGGUUGUUUAAACAGAAUGAUGGAAUUGAUGAGGAUCUGAUUGAUCGUGUAGCAGCAAGGGAUAAGUUUGUUUAUGAAAUUGAAGCUAGGGAAACGAAUCAGGGUAUUCAUAUGGGUGACACUCGUUAUUUUCCUUCUGAUAGGAAAUCUGUUUCUUCGAUGAAAGUCAACGAGGCAAAUGCCUCUAGUCUUUCGGUUUCCUCAGUUCCCAACUGCGGGGAGGGAUGUGUAUGGAGAGCAGAUUUAAUAAUAAGCUUUGGGGUGUGGUGUAUCCACCGUAUUCUUGACCUGUCACUUUUGGAAAGCCGGCCAGAGCUAUGGGGAAAAUACACCUACGUGCUCAAUCGCCUCCAGGGCAUCAUCGAACCAGCUUUUUCGAAGCCCCGUACUCCUUCGGCCCCUUGUUUUUGCAUUCAAGUUCCAACCACGCACCAGCAAAAGUCAAGCCCCCCUCUUUCUAACGGGAUGCUACCCCCAACGGUAAAACCAGGCCGGGGAAAAUACACUACUGCAUCAUCGUUGCUUGAGCUGAUUAAAGAUGUGGAGAUCGCUAUCUCUAGCAGGAAAGGACGUACAGGUACUGCAGCUGGUGAGGUGGCUUUCCCAAAGGGGAAGGAAAAUUUGGCAUCCGUUCUUAAACGGUACAAGCGAAGGUUAUCAUCCAACAAGCUUGUUGGCAAUCAGGAGGGGACUAGUUCUCGCAAGAUCCCGUCAUCAGGACCAUACAACCAAUAGCAUUUUGCUUUAACAAAAUCAGGUUUCUUUGGGGGAUGUUUUAUAAUUUAUACUGUGAAGCAGCUCAUACCUAGAUCAAGGAGUGCACUGCCUCCGUGUAUCAGAUUCCUUGCAGCUAAUUUUAUCUUUGUAUGUUAUAAGGAAAGAAUUAUAUGCAAUUGUGGCAAAAACAAAGUUAAAAACAAUUAGAUGGAAAAUAGUUCCACUUUGUUUCUGUUUUGUUUGGAUUUCGUUGCUUAUCUAGCUAGUGGAUAGAAGGCAGGGAGACAAUUAAGUUUUGACCCGAUUGUUUCCUUGAUUAACUUUUGUAUAAACACCGAAAUUUUGUUGUUUGAAAUUUUUCGCACUGAAUUCUGAAAAAAAAUGCUUAUACAAGUCCAAAAUUGGUUGAUUUGUUUUCAAAA